GUUCUUAGAAAUAUCAAUAUCAAAGUUUAUUACAUAAUUCGUACAAUUUGUUAUCAAUAGACCCUAUCAAAUCAAUGAUUACAUUGAUCAUCAUUUCAAUUUUUCUAAUACAGUCAUGUUAUUGUGGUUCAUCUGGUUCUCCAAAACAAGAAUGUAAAAAAGAGAAGGGUUUCUUUGGGAAACUUUGGUCAGCAAUUGAAACCAUUAUUAGCUUCAUUUGCUUUUUAAAUGGAAUCUGGAAUACGGUAAUGGAGUGGCGUAACUUUUUUAAUAAUACUACGCUUGCAGCCAAUGCUUCGAAGUGAGACUCCAACAUUUCAAUAAAAUUAUGAAACCAAUCAAUAAAUGUUUAAAACUUCAUUGUAUAUUCUUCACUUAACCAUAGUGUUGUGCAUUACAUUUUGUGCACAAAUACAAGAUGACUAUUUUUUGUAAUAGCAUGUUUCUUUCUUUAAGUUUGCGCAAUUUUUUCACAAAACUAUAC